UGUGACUCUCAAACCAACUGCAUUUAAGAAGAACUCCAAACCUUCAGACUCUAAACCCAAGAUGAGUCUAACCGAGAAAGACAAGGCUGCAGUCAGGGCCCUCUGGGGCAAAAUCUCCAAGUCUGCGGAUGCUAUUGGAGCUGACGCUCUGAGCAGGAUGCUCUUCGUCUAUCCGCAAACCAAGACCUACUUCACCCACUGGCCAGACCUGUCCCCCGGUUCUGUUCACGUGAAGAAACACGGUAAGAACGUGAUGGGUGGAAUCGCUCUGGCUGUGAGCAAGAUUGACGACCUGACCAAUGGCCUGAUGGAGCUCAGCGAGCAGCACGCUUACCAACUGAGAGUGGAUCCGGCCAAUUUCAAGAUCCUGUCUCACUGCAUUCUCGUGGUGGUCUCCAUCAUGUACCCAAAGGACUUCACCCCUGAAGCCCACGUUUCCUUGGAUAAAUUCCUGAGUGGCGUGUCCCUGGCUCUCGCGGAGAGAUACCGCUAAACUGCGCAGUGUGGGAUGCCACAUGCAGUCUAUCGUGUCACGUGUCAUGGUAGAAAAUUAGAGAAUAAACUGCAU